GGGGCGCCACCGGCUCCCGCGGGGCGGCUGGGGCCCCUUCCGGCCCAGGGCUGGUCGGCGGGGCCGCGGGCGCAGGGCGGGCUGCUGCGCGGGUCCGGGCCUGCCCUCCGGCCCGCCCUAGGCUGCCAGGGCCUUCGGGCCGCGCGCCUGGCCCUAGGGCUGCGGGUCUGGCCGCCGUGUGGGGACCUUAAAGCGCCUUGUGGUCUUUUGAAGCGCUCUGACAGCUCUGAAGGGCUUUGUAUUCCAAACUAAAUCGAAGCGCUUUGUAGUCCCGGAAGCGCUUUGGCGGCUCCGAAGUAGCGCCGUGCAAACUGAAGCGCUUGGUGAUCUCGGAAGCACGUUGUGGGCUUGGAAACCAAACCGAAGCCUUUAGUAAAUUUCGGAUCGUUUUGACUUCUCCGAAGCGCUUUGGAAUUGCAAACUGAGUCGAAGCGCUUUGGCGUCUCUGAAACCUUGAGAACUGUGAUGGGCAGUGGAAAGAAGAGGGAAAGGUGCCCAUGGCGUCGGAGCGGCGCAAGGUCAAGUACCACUGGAGCAGCGCGUCGGAAGGGUGUCCCAGCAAGCGCAGCUGCCUCCGGGAGCCCAGUGAUGUGGCCCCCUCCAGCCGGCCAGCUCAUAGCUCUGUGUCGCGUUCAGGAAGGGCCAGCAGCCCCAAGCGCCUGAAAGCCCAGAAGGAGGACGAUGUGGCUUGCACGCCGCGGUUAUCCUGGGGCUCAUCCCGAGGCAGAAAUUCCUCCUCCUCCCCUUCUUCCGGCCCAGGUGUGGGCGGGGCCGCAUCCAAAGGCUGCCUGAUUCGGAGCACUCGCGGGUUCCUUUCGUCAGGGGGAUCCCCUCUACGCCCUGCCGACCCCUCUCUAGAAGAAAUGGCUUCUCUAGAGGAGGAAGCCUGCAGCCUUAAGGUUGAUUCCAAAGAUAGUUGUCGUAACUCCAUGAACUCUGAAUGUGCAGCUGAAGCUGAGGGUCAGAAUGAUACAAUUGAGGAACCAAACAAGGUUCAGAAAAGGAAGAGGGAUAGACUUCGAGACCAAGGCUCCACAAUGAUCUACCUGAAGGCUAUUCAGGGCAUCCUGGGGAAAUCGAUGCCAAAAAGGAAAGGUGAGGCCACCAUUAGGGCAAAACCAAGUACAGGAGAGCAUCCCAGCCGUGGAGAAGGGCCAGUCAGGAGUGAAGGACCAACCAGGAGUGGAGAAGGACCAGCUAGGAAUGUCAAGGUCACAAGUUCUCAGAAAGAGAAAGAGUCAGCCCCAGAGGUGGGAGUGGAGGAGGAAAAGACUGUGCUAGAGAGAAGCAACUUCUGUGACAGGAGAGUGGUUAUAGACCCUCAGGAGGAACCCGGCGAGGACCCACUUGGUGACCGAAGGACAGUCAUUGACAAACGCUCGCCACCCCUAGAGUUUUUGGAUGACUCUGACUCUCAUUUAGAAAUCCAAAAGCAUAAAGAUAGGGAGGUGGUGAUAGAGCGCCUCUCUUCAGGAAGCGACUGGUCUGAUGUGGAUGAGGUCCCCACAGUGAGAUUCUCUCAGGAGGAGCCUGUCUCACUGAAACUCUCAGCAGCUCCAGAGCCGCCGCCUUUCGCCACAGACUAUGUCAUGUACCCGCCUCAUCUGUACAGUAGUCCUUGGUGUGACUAUGCCAGCUAUUGGACCAGCAGCCCCAAGCCUUCAGCCUACCCCUCCACGGGCAGCAGCAGCAGCAACACAGCCCCGGCUGGGAGGAGCAGCCGGAGUCUCCUGAGUGAUUAUUCCCCCAGCUCUACAGUGAGCUCCCAGAACACCUCCAGAGACUUGGAGGCCACAGAGGAAGGCAGAUCUCAGAACUCUAGGUCAUUUUGUUUCUCCAGAAGCUCAGAAGAAGAAGAGGUGAAGGAGAAAAGAACGUUCCAAGAGGAGACACCACCGCGUCCUUGUGGAGGACACACAUCUAGCUCCCUUCCUAGGAGCCACCGGGAGCCGAGCUUGGAGGAAGGCUUCAUCGAUACCCAUUGUCACUUGGACAUGCUCUAUUCCAAGUUGUCUUUCAAAGGGACUUUUACCAAGUUCAGAAAAAUUUAUAGCAGCUCCUUCCCUAAGGAAUUUCAGGGCUGCAUCUCUGACUUCUGUGAUCCUCGGACACUGACGGAUUGCCUGUGGGAAGAGCUGUUGAAAGAAGAUCUGGUUUGGGGGGCCUUUGGCUGUCACCCUCAUUUUGCACGUUACUACAAUGAAAGUCAAGAAAGAAAUCUUCUGCAAGCCUUAAGGCACCCCAAGGCUGUGGCAUUUGGGGAGAUGGGCUUGGAUUACUCUUAUAAGUGUACCACGCCUGUCCCAGAACAGCACAAGGUUGAAUUUGUUGUUGGAGAAUGUGCUGCCUUCCUGGAGUGGCAUGGAGGCCUGAGAGGUCUGAGUCUGCGUGCCCAGCAGGCUCCAGGCGUUGGGCAGCAGGUAUUCGAGAGACAACUACAGCUGGCUGUGUCUCUAAAGAAGCCCUUGGUGAUCCACUGCCGAGAAGCUGAUGAAGAUCUGCUAGACAUCAUGAAAAAAUUUGUGCCCUCUGACUACAAGAUCCAUAGGCAUUGCUUCACCGGCAGCUAUCCGGUCAUUGAGCCCCUGUUGAAGUACUUUCCCAACAUGUCUGUGGGCUUCACGGCAGUCCUGACAUACUCCUCUGCCUGGGAGGCCCGGGAUGCUCUGAAACAGAUCCCACUGGACAGAAUCAUUGUGGAAACUGACGCUCCCUACUUCCUUCCUCGCCAGGUUCCCAAAAGCCUUUGCCAGUAUGCCCACCCGGGCCUGGCCUUGCAUACAGUUCGCGAGAUUGCCAGGGUCAAAGAUCAGCCGCUCUCCCGCACCUUGGCCACCUUGCGUGAGAACACCAGUCGCCUCUACAAUCUUUAAGCAGAAAGGGCACAAUCAGGAGUCUCCUGGAAAAGGGUCACCAGCGGCCUGACAUAACACAGGCUGGGUUUGAACUCUGCCUGUGCCCCAGGUCAAGGAUGUGUUUGGAGAGCCCGUUGGAACAGAGAAAACCAGGACAGGAUGUUUCCUCGAAACCUCAUCAUAAGGCUUCAGCUUCUGGCUGCUGGGUGGGGUGGGUGGAGUGGAUGUGGGAUGAGGGUGUCACUGCCCCAGAUAGCAUCAGGGUUUGGCCACCCAGCCAAAAUACUCCAGGGUAGGCAGUGAAGAAGAAGAGUUUGCCAGUCCAAGUCCUGUUCUCUGCAGCCUGUAUUUUUGAGCAGUCUGUGAAUAAAGCCGCCCUCCUCCUCGGCUAAGCACAUGUGGGUGUGUAACUCAGUUCCUGGUUCUCAGUUCUAAAAAUGAACUCCCAAGUGGGAAAUCUCUUGGGAAACUCACUGGACACCUGUCUCAGAGGUUUAUUUUCUUGCAACCAGUGAAAGUGAAGUCAUCCUCCUUUCUUGGGUAACUCUUCAAUUUGGCUGUCACUGUUCCGGUGUCCACUCCAGCAUCAGCACAGGUGGAGGGACUUUGGCUACUGGUCUCAUUGGUCCUGCUGCCAUCAGCGUGGAGGUGUGCAGAGGGGCACUCGUUGUCCGUGGAAGUCCUGGCUGAUGGAGAUCCAGGACAGCCUGGGGGACUCAAGGAAGAGGCCUUCUUGGGGAAGAGGACCCCAAAGGAGGUAGUCCCUGCUUACUUAUGUCCCCAGGACACUUUUUGGGUGUGUUAAAUGGAUAAAGGCUCAGUUUACAGCAGAAGCUACCUGCUAGUUUGGUGUCAGGGGUCCCAGCCUCCCUUUUUGCCCUCUUCUCUGAAACACUUGACCAAAAAUAAUCCUUCUGUUUCACCCAUGUCUCAGCCCCUGUAUGUCCCACCCAGGUUGAGAGGUCAAUCAGUUUCAGUCUCCAAAUCUCUGCUCGGGCAGCUCAGCCAUGUUAUAUUGCCUAUGCAGAGCAAGCAGGCCUGGUGUCUAUAAAUAUAUCAGUCCCUCUCCUCCUCCUUCCGGGUGCCUCCCCUGCCUUUGCCUCUUCUGUGUCCUGUCUUUCUCUGUGUUUUAGAAGUGAGAGACUCUCCUUCAACUUUUGAGCAACUGUGUCAUCCCACGUUCUAAGCUCUGCUCCGCUCCCUGCGGGUGCCUUGUAAAGGUAUACUCAUUACAGGCCCUAGAGAUUAUAAUGGCCAAGGGUUAAGUGUGAGGAGGCUCUACACUUUGUUUAUAAAGGAUCCUUCACCCUCAUCUCCUGCAGUGAGACAAAUAGGCCACCUGGAGUCCCUUAGACAUGUGUUUCUUGGAGGCUUAAAUUGUAAAAUCCAUCACUUAUGGUGGAUUCCUCUAGGUGUAUUGGAAGCACAUUUGAGCCUUGUAAGCUAAAAUAGAAUGGAUUUAAUGUUUCAUAUAUGGUAUUUCCUUCUUGCCCUGGUACACAAGUAACUGGCCUGGGAAGUAGGCCUUGGUUCACUGUCCAUCUUCCAUGGAUCAGCUGUGCUGUUAUGUUGCCUGUGCCUCAAAUUUGCCCAUGUGGGGAAUCAGGGGGACCUUGGUCUCCUACUUGGAAGAUUUGGGGGGCUGCUAAGUACAUCAAAGUGCUUUAUUGUCACCCAAGUGAACUGCACCAUAGCCAUCUCCUCUACAGCAAGCCCUUUAAGUCAAUACUGCCUCCACGUGAAACCAACUAACCCUGCAUUAGAGGAUGAAAAGACUAGAUGAAGGUCUCCGAGCCUAUGCAGUCCACCUGCCAAGGAAAAGCACAAGGUGCUAUCUACUUUUCUCUCUAGGAUUUAGGAUUAUCAUUUAUGUGCUUUUACACAGUGAAACCUUACCCGUGUGGGCGUGAAUGCUGGUCGGCAUUGUUUUUGAUUCAGUUUUUUUGGAUGGCUGACUUGAUUGUUUUUGCUGUGCUGCUGGAAUGCCUCUGUAUUAUUUUCCCCUGUUUGGCCAUCUUUUUCUGUAAAUAAAGUGAUGGAUUCUCUAGCCAA